CUUAUUUCGCAGCGUUGGUCUGUUUUGAUCAAUCUACGCCAUCUUCGGGGAGACCCUAAUUUCAAUUCACUUUUAUUCCUUUUUCGUUGCGAACUUCAGCUAAAUUUAUGAAGAUCCUGUGAGCCAAAGGUCUCAACUUCCCACUGAACCGCUCGCUUUGUGACAUGAGUCUGUCAACGUUGUUGGAAGCCGCAGAGUUCUUGGACGAUGGAACACCAACACGUGAUGAGAAAUCUCCAGAUUUUCAUCCUUACGCCAAGACAAGCCGUCACUCCCGUAAGCGCAAGUCUUCAAUUCUGAAUAACAACGAGGCGAACGACGAGGAAAUGUCUGAAGACGGCGGAGAAAAGAGACGAGCGGGAGGGGCUGGGACCAGAGAGGUACACAACAAACUAGAGAAAAACCGACGAGCACAUCUGAAAGAAUGCUUUGAACUUCUGAAAGAACACAUUCCAAGCAUGGAGGACAAGAAGAUCUCCAAUCUAGCUAUCCUGAGGAGCUCCCUUAGGUACAUCCAGAUUUUGAAGAGGAAAGAAAAGGAGUUUGAGCAGGAUAUGCAGCGUCUUGCUGGAGAAAAAAUCCGCUACCAAGAGAAUAUUCUCACCCUAAAACGAGAUCUUCAGCAGUUGAAUAUCGACUUUGACUUGAAUAGUUUUGUUCAGGCAGUUGCUGAUCAGGAGCGUGAUACCAAUUCAACAUCUACUGCAUCAGAAGGUUGCAGUCCAAUUGUAAGUGAAGAUGAGGAUUCAGGAAACCUCAAGCGGAAAACCCCUUCAAAGAGUACACCCACAUUCUAUACCACUGGCUUUUCAUCUUCUGCAAGUGGCAUUUCCAAGUCGGUCACUAGCACAGCACUAACAACAGUGACAAAGACCACUGCUAGUAUUGGUGCAGUACCAGUGACAUCACAACAAACGGUGAAAACUCAGGUGGCUCAGUUAUUACAGCGCCAGAUUUCCCAGAGAGCACAGGCACAACAACAGCAGCAGAAGCAACAGCAAUUACCUGCCAUACAACCUGGACCAGGACCAGGACCAGCGGUUAUAACUCUACCGAAUCCAGGAGCACCACCUCACUUGACCAUUCCAGCAUCUUCAGUGCGGAUACCUUUUCACAUCCAGGAAGUCAUCGCAAAGGCUAUAGCAGCGGGUGAAUCCGUACAAGUAGCGGCCUCAGCAACGGGUGAAACGGUACAAGUUGGACCAGCAGCAACGGUUGAAAUGGUACAAGUAGCACCCUCAGCAACAGGAGAAACGGUACAUUUAGCGCCCUCAGGAACAAUAACUAAAGCUCCAGUUACGACUAGUACUGCGUUAAUGACAGGCACAACAACGGCAUCUGCCGUUCCUGUGCAAGUACCAUGGCAAAUAAAGACAGAACCUGGGAUACAGUUACCAAUGCAGAUUCAAACCAAUCCAAGAGUACAGGCACCGCUGCAAAAUAAGACUGAAUCCGGGUUAACGAACACUGCUUCAGUUGUGAAGCCAGGACCUGGUGUUUUUACCCUGGUGGCACACAAUCCUGUGAAACUGGAAUCACAACCUGUGACAACUCAAGUCAGUACUGUUGGGACACCAGUUACCAUGUUGUCGACAGCACAGGUUGCCGGUAUCACUUCACAGGCAGCUAGUAAUCCGACAAGCACUUUGAAGCAGAUCUUGGCUCCUGGGACGCAGAUCCUCACGCCUGGGAACCAUCUUUCCGCCAUCAGUCAGAUGGUCCAACAGGCAAUAGCACAGCAACAGCUACAACAACAACAGCAGCACAGUUCCAUCAAGACGAGUCCUGGCUCACAAACUGUGGCUGGGACGAAUCAGGUGAUUGCUACUCUACCACAAGGACUGACUUCUGUGUCCAAUAUGGGCAACUUGACACAGUUCCUUGCACCAAUUACUGUCAUGACACCAACAAUGGUUCAGCUCAACCAGAACACUUCACAGCCACAACUUAAUAAUGUGCAGUCAUUCAUCAAAACUGUGGGAGGAAUUCCAACGCUCAUUCAACAGCCAUUCUUACAAGGAAUACAACAGGUUGGUGGGCAGGUUUUCAAGCCGGUCAUUAUGGUCACCAUGCCAACGGUUGUUGCAGCAAAUGUAGCCAGCCCUGCUGUGACAAGUAUUCCUUCAUCAAGUGCUCCUUCGACAGUGCAGCUGGCUGUAUCAGUCCCAAGGACCACAUCAUGAUGGAACCACAUUUUGCUUGUAAAUACUGCUUCUCUCUGUAACCAUUGGGAUGCCUCUCACUGCAUCGAUCAUGAAAACGUUGGCACUAAUGUAUUUUAUUUGCACAGUAUGUGGACUGCAGCUCAUUUGAGUCUCUACCCUGUAUUAACAUAUAUUAUCUAUCAUGUACUGCAGAACUAAGCUGGGCCAAUCUUCCUGUACUAGCAAGUGUGGAUUUAAUCUCCAAUCUGUACUUAGUGCUAGCUAUAGUUGCUUUGUAUCAUAAUCCUGAGCUGUUCCGAACAAUAUUUUGUCUUCGUAAUCUUUUCAUCCAAAGUCUGUGAUAAUGCUCUAGGAGAUCCAUCUCUAAAUGUGGAUGUUUGUUACUGCUACAUGUAGGCAUUCAACCAUAUUCAACAUAUAGUAUUCUGUUGUACGUUGUUAAAGGGGGACUAUGGACAGGAAUCACCGAGAUAAAAUGGUCAUCUUCAUCUUACAAUGCACAGGUAGGAGCCUGGGUUGUGUUUGAUUCAGCAUGAAACAUAUUCUCCAUUGAUUCAGCAUGAAACAUAUUCGCUGUACUGUCAGAUUGGAGUGGCCCCUUUUGGCAACUCCUUGUAAAUUAAUUUGAACCUGGCUGCUGCCCAUUGACUUCCUUUAAAAAUUGAUAUACCACUGGAAUCGGUCUCGAAUCAUCAUACUUUCAUUGUAAAUAUCAUUCACACAAGAAAGUUGUCAACCAAGAACAACUUGUGUUACCAGAGUUUCCCUUGUUUUGCAUAUACAUUAAAGUGUAAUGGAGGAUUUCAUCAAUCCAUUUAUAGAUGCCAUAUAUUCCCCUGUUUGUUUUCCUUAAAGAUGGGUACAUUACUAUCGAGUCUACAGAACAAA